GCGGCCCGCAAGGCCAAGGCGGGUGCCAAGGGCGGCGCCUCCUCGGCCAGCGGGUUCGCGCCCGGGGCCAGCUGCUUCCUCGGCGCCGGGGUCUCCAAGGCCAGCCUGUGUAUCCCGUCGGAGAUUCUCGACUGCAUCGCUGAUCAGAUGAAGACCGAGGCCACCGUCCGCAAGGGCGUCGCCAG